CAAGGACGUCGAGAAGGCGGGCUGGUCGUUGUUAUGGAGGCUGAGUGAAGACGUUUGCACGGUUGUGCUAUGCAAUUGAAGAUUUUACAAUAUAACUGACUGAAAAAAUUGCUACUUGCAUCAGCAACAAUGAGUGAGCAGAGCCUAACGUCCGCUCGCGCGAACGUCAUGAUAUACGACGACGCGCACAAGAAGUGGGUGCCGUCGGGCAGCUCCUCCGGGCCGUCCAAGGUGCACAUCUACCAGCACAUGGUCAACAACACCUACCGGGUGGUGGGCCGCAAGCUGCAUGACCAGGAGGUGGUCAUCAACUGUGCGGUGCUGAAGGGGCUCAAGUACAACCAGGCGACGCCGACGUUUCAUCAGUGGCGUGACAACAAGCGGGUGUAUGGCCUGAACUUCUCCUCGGCCGACGACGCCGCGCUCUUUGCGCAGACCAUGCUGCGCGCCAUUGAGGUGCUGACACUGGGCUCUGCGCCGCUGCCGCCGCCGCCUGCCUUCGACCAGCAGCGCGGCCUGGCGCGCCAGCUGUCGGCCACCUCGACGGCGCCAGCUCCGGUCGCUGUGUACCAGGAGCCGAGUCAGCCUGACUACAGGGCCGGGAGGCAGGAGCCGAGUCAGCCUGACUACAGGGCCGGGAGGCAGGAGCCGAGUCAGCCUGACUACAGGGCCGGGAGGCAGGAGUCGGGGCAUCCCGACUACAGGAGCGGCAGGCAGGAGCCGAGCCAGUCCGACUACCGGGGCGGCAGGCAGGAGGAACCGCCCGUGUACAGGGGCAUGGUGCGCCAGGAGUCGAUGCCGUCGGAGGCGGCCGGCUACGUCAGCGCGGCGCGGCCGGAGCCGGCCCAGGUGGACGCCGCCGGCUACAUGAGCCUGACGCGUGCCGAGUCGCCGGCCGGGCCGGAGCGGCGCUACUCGCAGCACCAGCACGGCCUGGCCGCCGCCAUACAGGGCACGCGGCUGAAGAAGACGGCGGGCCAGCGCUAG